AUGCGAACGGGAGGUCUAUUCAGAAGAAACACCACAAAUGUCACCUCAAAACGUGAAGAGGAUUUUGCCGAUUAUUCGACUGUAAUUAGUUCAGAAAGCAAGAGUCUAAGAUCAGCUUACGCGAAACUUGACCUUUUGAAUAAUGAAAUCGCUCAUGAGAAAACAAGGUUCAAUGAUAUUGAAGAUGAAAAUAAAUCACUUCGGGAUCAAAUGCAGGGGAUGGCAGAUCAAUUGGUAUCUAAGGAAGAAGAAUUCAAAGAUUGGCAGACAAAGUUGGCUGAACAAACAAAUCGUGAACGUGAAAUCUUAACGGAAGAAUUCGAUGAAGAACGUGACCGUUUCUCGGAAAGGAUCGCUCAGCUUGAAGAUGCACUUAACCUUGCGAAUUUAGAGAUCACAAGACUAACCAUCGAAAUGGCCGAGAAGGCAAAUUCUCAUCGAAGAAUGUCAACAAGUACUGCUGAUGGUAGCCGAUCAUCCUUGGAAUUGCUCUUCACCGAUAAAUCAAAAAAAUCAGAGGAAGAUAGGCAUGAUCUCACAAAGCAGAUCCUGGAGAUCACGCAACGAAGGAUGAGUUUACAGACAGAACUAACUUUACUGGAGGAAGAAAACGAAGAUCUAAAGAUUCAAUACAAACAAAUCACGAAGGAGAAUCAAUUAUUACGAAAAGAAAACGACGAACUUAAGCAACAAGUUGGCAAACGAAUGUUUAUGAAGUCUUUGGAAGACGUCAACUUGGACGACUAA